AUGCUAUCAGAAACAAGUAAGGAAGUAUAAAAAGAUUAAAAUGUUGUACCACAAUUAAAUCAAACUCCAAGUAGCACAUAUUUUGUUUACAAUUGUUACAUUCCAGUAGUGUAAGAUUACAUGAGUCAGCCUCCUCCUUUAUAGGUUAGGAACUCAAGUAAGAAUGCAAAGUUAAUUAUUAAGGUGAGUCUUUUCCUCAGUUAAUAAAAAACAAUGAUAGUAUUCAAUUGUCUCAUUUGGCUCCUGGUGUUUCAAUUCCAAGUUUUUAAUUUGGAGCAUCUACUCCUUUUGUAUCACCAGAUGAUGUUAUGAGAAAUGUGUAGCCUACACAGAAUCAUUUUGCAUCAUUUAUCUUGAAUGAAUAAUUGAAGACACAGAAUCAACCAACUAAAAAUAGAAUAAUUGAAGGAACUUAAACUCUUUGUGAUAUAGAAAUUGUAUUAAUAUCGCGAUAUUUUGACAUGAAAGCUCAUGUAAUGCAAUUAAUAUUACAGAAAGGUAUUUUGUCCUCCAAAUAACAAGUAUACUCUUAAAGAAGACACAAAUAUAUCUAAUGCUGAAUGGUUAAAAGAUCGUAUGUUAUUUCGCUAUAAAAAACCUGUAUGAUAUUGAAUUUAUUUAAUUAGAUUAAGGAGUCGUUUUCAGAUAUGAUUGAUUAAUUGGAGAAGGAAGGAGAAAUGAAUUUUAAAAAUAUGGUUCAUCCAGUAAAAUUUGCUUAAGGAGGAUUUGAUAAUAUAGAGAGAUAAGUGCCUAAAUCAGUGAAAAGUGAGAAGCCAUUUUCAGUUUUUAUAUUUGAAAUACAACAAUUAAUUUCCUAGUUCCUAUUCACUAAGUAUUGA